UUUGAAUAUAAUAUCAUUUCAAGGUUACAGGCGGGUAAUUGCGAACUGUUAUGAUCGACCUAAAUACCAAUGGACAGGCUCUUUGUUCGGCAGUUAAUUAUGUUUUGGAUGGGAAAUGGUCUUGGGUAAUCUUUGGAUAUAUGGGAUUAACUCAUACGUUAGACGUCAAAGAUCAAGGUCAUGAUUUGGAUCAAUUUCUGAAUAAUUUUUCUUCCGGGAAAGUCCUCUAUGGUUUUGUUCGUGUUGAUGUUGUAACUCCUGCGAAAUUUGUUUUGAUUGUGUGGCAAGGGGAGGCGUCGUCUGAAAGCUUUAAAUUAGCUUGUCCAAGACAUAUCGACUGUGUGAAACGGCUAUGCCGAACAGUUCAUGUUACGAUCAACGCAAGAAGUGAAGCAAAUUUGGAUUGGAACGAAAUCGUUACUAAAGUUCAAAAUUUAACAGGAAGUGUUUCUCAUACUCAACCGACCAAUUCUAAUAAUACGGAUGAUGAGUUUGUACCUACAGGUUCUGUUUAUGUACGUGCAAAUCCAAAUAAAGAUAUUCCAAAAGGUUGUGUAUCACGAAGUAUUUGGCAAUCACAACAGGAAAAGCAACAAGAUUCAUCAAAAUUAAGACCUUCUAUCGAGAAACCCGUUGGUUUUGUUCGACCUAUUUGUGAACCAGAAAUAAUUAACAAUAAUGUACAGUCUGAAAAUCAAUCACAGAAUAUCGUGAAGCAAGUAGCACAAAAUGAAGUGACUAAUACUAUUAAAAAUCGUAUAAAAGCUUUAGAAUCUAAGCUGCCGUCAAGUGAAACGACUUCAAAUUAUCGAAAAGUUGAUCCACGUGCAGAAAUUAUGCUUGCAAGACAAUUGUCAUUAUCUGUAAAUAAUGAUGAAGAUGAGAAUGAGGAUGAUAUAAAUCAUGUGGGCACAUGUUAUAAGAAGCAAGACCCAAGAGCUGAAAUUUUGGCAGCUCGUGCAUGUAAACAGUCUCAAGAGUCUGUGUUCAAUAACAGUGAACCUGUUGGUGCCAAUUAUAAACGACCAGAUGUUCAGUCGGAAAUUCGUUCUAUCAAAGCCGCGAAUAAUUCAAAUACUUUAUCAUCAACAAAUAAAAAGUCUGAUGUUAUUAAUAAUUCAACUAGUCAAGAUCUAUUAUAUCAAAAUGGUCAUCAUUAUCAACAAUCCCAACAACAAACAACAUCACCUCCUCUUUCUUUAUCACCAAUAGUACAUAUUUCAAAUAAUCAAAUUAAUUCUAACAUUGAACAACAAUUAAAAAACGGUAACAAUGAUAACAAUAAUACUUAUCAUCAAAACUCAGUUUCACCACAGAAUUCAAUGUAUAAACUAGUUUCACCAUGUAUUAAUUCAUCACCUAACACGGAAGUACAAAAUAAAACAAAAAAUAAUUCAAAUCUUAAAGCUGUCUGUCUAUAUGAUUAUAAUGCUAAUGAAGAUGAUGAAUUAUCAUUUCGUGCCGAAGAACAUAUAUUUGACAUUGAACAAAUUGAUGAAGGUUGGUGGCUUGGUCGAAAUGCUGAUGGACAAUAUGGGUUGUUUCCAGCUAACUAUGUUAAAUUAAUGAUGUAAAAAUCUGAUGAGCAGCGGAAAAUAUGAAUGUAGUUUUUUUUUAUGACUUCGUUAAAAAAACAACAAAUACUAUAUAUGGUUGCACUUUUGUUUUUGUUUCAUAUGUAUUCAUGCGAGGUGAAAGGCAUACAAUUGUAUUUUUCUCAUAUCAAUUCAGAGUAUAAAACAUAGUCUUAUUUUAUUUUAUGGAGUUAUCAUUUAUACUACAAUCAGUGAUGUUACUUUGACUGUUAUCAUAUGACUGAUUUGUUAUGGUUUCUCAAUUCUUUUAAUGCACAUCAAUGAAGGAUUGUUACAACGAAUACUAAAAUAAAAUUGAUCAUAGACAUACAUUUUUUUAAAAAUUUCCUUAUUGAAUUUAUUUCAUUACUAACUUUUAUAUGAUUUUUCAUUGUUUAUUCUUUAUCUUCUAUGAAUGAUUUGACUUUGUGAUCACCAUUUAGUUUAUGCACAAUUUCAUUUCUAGGUAUAUUUCACUUGUGUAGAUUUUUAUAUGUUUAUAUUCAUAUAUAUAGUCACACUUAUUUUGGCGGUUUUUUGUUUCAUACUUUAAUCAUUCAUACUCACACUAUAGGUGAAUCAUGAACGGAUAACAAACAAAAUCACUAGUGUUUUUCUUAAGUGACAUUGAAUUUUUUUUUAAAAGAAGAAGUCGUUUAUGGUAAUCUCAUUUUUCGCAUUGUUUGUUUUCCAGUUUUUAUUUAAUUGUUCUUCACUAUCCACUUGUUGAUACGACUAUAUUAUGAAAAGAAGGCGAAAAUGGUUUCUUCUUAGUUGCUAUCCGUCUUCUUUUCUUGUUAUCUAAAUAUAUUUCUUUGUUGAUGUAAUGAUCUCAUUUAUUGAACAAUUUUCAAAUCAUAAAUAUCACUUACUCAGUAUAAGAUUGGAAUCUCACUAAUUAUUAUCUCAAUAACCUCACACUCUCUCUCUCUGCAUAUAAAUACAUAUAUAUUGCUUUUUUAAUGAUAAUGUAAUGCUUGGGUUUUUUUUGCUUUUUCUCAACAUUUCUAUGAAUAUAAUAUCAUUGUGAAUGAUACGAUCCUGGUGUUUUUGUUUCUUUUUAUGUUGUUGUCACGUUUUCUUAAUAAAUUGUAAUGUGAAA